UCAACUCGUUGUCUCCUCCAGUCACAUUGGCCGUCCCGACGAACUGGCCGUCUCAGCCCGCCGGCGAGGUCUCAAUCCGCUCGAUGUCUUCUCUAGUCACACGGGCUCUCCUUCAGGACAGGAAUUACAUGUGCAUCGGACUCUGGCCGUUAAUAUAUCGAACUGGUCGUGUCAGCUGAGGUGUCAGACCUACCUCUGCAUCACAACCACAACAGCUCAGUGCAAUCCCAAACUACAGCAGGACGAACCAUCUCUCGACUUCAGCCGUACAAUUCUGCAACAGUCGGAGUUAGCUUUGGUGUCCCCUUUCACAAGACUGUGCUAACUGUUCUUCAGAUUUUGAAUUAGCCGGACUUGCUUUUGAUUCAGUUCCUAGUGACACCUGGACGUGUCGUCUUGGUUUGAAUUUUUAUUCCUUCCGAUAUUCAACUACCCGAAGUUGAGGAUGAAAUCACUCGUAUUCGUGACGCUAAUACUUACAAUGACAAUCUUUCAUGGGACGGCUCUUACGAUAUAUCUUCAGGAUAUGAAUCGUUCAGUAACCUACAGGAAGAUCUUUACUGACAGGGUGUUACUUGGUGUCGCAACCAAGACGAGGUCUCUCGUCGAGUGCGCACUCGCCUGUUGCAAUGAUGAGGACUGUGGCUUUAUUAGUUACAAUGCAACGAGAUGUGUCCAGUCGCCACACAGACACGAUGAAUCGGAACCUCCAGCUAAAUAUGACGCGAACUUCGAUAUUUAUAUGCAGGAUGUCGAAUUUGAUGGAUAAACAUCGAAAUAACGCAUUUGUAAUACGACAGUCAGCAUUCUAAAGCGUCUUUUCAUACAAGGCUCAGAGAUCGGCACAUCAUCGCAGGACACAGUUAGAUCUAGAUUGGGGACGUUUGGACUAUAGUUAAGGCAAAAUAUAGUAACUCAGCGUAGAAAGUGACAGGGGAGGGUUUGUUUUUUUCCUUUUGUUUACUUUGUGAUGAAAACGGAAGAUUGGAGGAAACAUGACGCAAAGAGUAGUUUUCAUUUAAUGCUUUUGGUCCCAAUGUACUCGGGAACCACGCAUUGUUGAUUCGCGUGAUACUGGUUCGGCGACCACCGCGGCAUGCAGCCGUCACUCGAGUUCGGUCUCUUCCCGAUUGCAUGACCGACAGCGGGAGUGAGACCCCGCUUUCACAGAAGGAGCCUUGGGUAAACCGGGCUUACAGUGUAUGACAACUGCAGAGACUCUGAUCAGGUUACAAGGAUUCAUAUCAUUGCGUGGUGAAGAUUACAGUUAUUUGAUUGAAGACAGUGAAUGAUAAACCACAAGAUUUCACCAAUAAUGGCCUUCGCAUGGUAGAAAACAGAACUGUCUUUUUACGGUGUGUGAGAUUUCGAUAGGUACCAAAAGACCAUGGAUGUGAAGACAAAGUGGAGACUCCAUCCAGUUCUGUACAUCAUCUUCCGCAUGGUCAUCGCUGGCUUCACCACCGGUUCUCUCCUUGCCGUCUGCAUCCGGUCGCCAUGGGUGGACGACCGCCAUUUCAUCCUCUUCUACCUCACUAUGUGGAGCUACCUCAUCCUCUCAGUUUACUUCAUAGUAGCUGCCGUGGUGAGCUGCUACUGCUAUAUAGUAAAACGAAAGGUCAAGAUACCAUCGGCGUUCCACAUGAAACAAAAGGUUGGAGACUCUACGGGGGCUGCCAAUGGUGGUUUCAGGGAGGACCCAGACGACCCGCUGCCCGAAACAUCCGUCGUUUCGAGUGACUCUGCCGAAAUAAUCGUCGAUAAGGAUUCCAAAGAUUUACCCUGGUACAUCCGUGUGCAAUGGAUUUUGGGAAACAUGGCCGUUCCGAUCUCCUUCAUCAUAACAAUCAUGUAUUUCGGAGUAUUAUUCCCCAGUGACAUUCUUGUUCAAAAUCGGGAAGAGCAAGGGAUCGUGACCAUUAGCAUCGGUGACCUCUCCACGCAUGGUCUGAACAGCGUCUGCGCGUUCCUUGACAUCAGUAUCUCGGCGUCUCCCUGGCGUCUGUUCCACUUCAUCUACCCAACUCUCUACUCGAUUGUGUAUGUCCUCUUCAGCGUCGUGUAUUGGGCGCUUGACCCGCAAAACAACAUUAUAUACCCAGUAAUCUUGGACUGGAACGAGCCAAUGAUACCUCUAAUCGUCGUUGCCCCAUUAGGCCUGGUUGGUAUCCCAGUCAUGAUGUUCUUCAUUUGGUUGGUGCAUAAGUUCAAAGUGUAUUUAUCGGGAAAAUGCCGGAAAGAGAAGGUCCCGACACCUAUUGAGUACUCUAGAUACAUUAACUCGGCGCAGGGGCGGAUGCGUGUCGCUGCAAUCACGUUACCACCGAACUACAAUUACUAACAGCACAGAUAGACAAGCUUCGUUUUCUAUUUCGAAGAAAAGGGAGAUGAUUCAAUAUUCUUGACAAAAAGCGCCGAAUAUGUAUAAAGCUGUAGGUGAUGCCCCUAGAAUACCCUUUACAAGACGUUAUUGAUGUUUUGUACGAACUGUGAUGGACGAUGAAUGAGCCAUAUCGUAAAAUAAGGUGCGAAAACAGGUGUUGUAAAAGUUGAA